GGAUCCACUAUGUGGGGCAGAUGCAGGAGGGCUCCCUGAUGCGGUUCCUGGUGGACCAGCUGACAGAUGGGCAGCUGGAGUGGGCCCCACUGCCGGCCACCUACGAUGCCGUGGUUCUGGGGGACCCCCAGGGCUCUGGCAAGACCUUCCACAUCCACUCUGGGAAGAGGGAAUAUUUCCAGAGGCUGAAGGAGCAGUUCCCCGGGGAGGCCGCGGCCAUCGACGAGUUCCAGCGGUUGGUGAAGAGCGCCGGCCGUGGGGUUGUGCUGCUGGGCAUGCUGAAGAUGCUCCCCAGGUUCCUGGCCAAGCUCCUCAUCUGCUCCAGGCUGCUCCCACGGCUCUGCUCCUUCUCCCAGCUGGCCUCACGCAGCCUCAAGGAGGUGGUGGAUGGUCUCACGCCCAACCCCGAGCUCCGGGCUGUCCUCAGCUACAUCUUCCCCACCUAUGGCGUGCUCCCCUCCAAGGCCAGCUUCUCCAUGCACAGCAUCCUGGUGAACCAUUUCCUGCACGGCGCCUGGUACCCCAAGGGCGGCGCGGGGGAAAUCGCCUUCCACACCAUCCCCGUGAUCCGCAGCGCCGGAGGAAACGUCUUUGGGAAGGCGCCGGUGCAGAGGAUCCUGCUGGACGCGCAGGGCAGAGGCAGGAUUUGUGCCUGGGGGGCUUCAUGGGGGCCCUGCAGGGAGCCCUCAUCUGCGCCAGCACCAUCCUCAAGCGCAACCUGUACGCGGACGUGGCGCGGCUGAAGAUGCGCCUGCAGGCCACCAGCAGCAAGAAGGGAGACUAAAGGCUGCCAUCCCCCCAGCAGGGCCCCUGCUCCCCAGCACAGCACCCCAGCUCACCCUCACCUGCCACACGCCUGUAGCAGACCCGUCUCUGUGCCCAGCUGAGGGAUUUCAUCCGGGGCGAUGCCGUUCCCAUGCCCAGACAGAUUGUGUUGGACCUCACCCCCCUAAAAAAUGCACCCACUUCCACCAUCAUGUCAGUGCUGGUCCCUGGCCACGAAGGGAGUGCCCAGGAGCUGUUGAGGCCAGGAGAGAAGUCAAGAUAACCCCAAAACAGGAGCACCAGCAGCUCCCGUGGCUGCUUGACCCCAUUGUGAUCACUGACCCCAGCCAAAGCCCCCAACCAAAGCCCACCUCCACCUGCAGCCCCAGCCAAAGCCCCCAACCAAAGCCCACCUACCCCUGCAGCCCCAGGGCUGUCUGAGAGCCUGCAGGCUGUCCAGUGCUUCCAGAGUCAUUCCCCAGCCCUCCAGAAUUCCCAGUGUUCGGGUGCCGCUCUCCCCCCGCCCUGCCCCAAGGCAUCCGUGCUCCUUUAGCAGCAACAAAGUCCUUCUGUCUGCUGGUAAAAGCUUGGGAACAGGAUGAAAGUCCUCUCCAGAUGGGAAGGGAGGCACAUGAGACUGGAGUAAUAAAAUAGUGAUCA